GCAAAUCCAACUCUCCAAAUCUCGUUUCUCGGGCCAUCAGUUCACGAAAAUCAAGGAAAUUAUUCCUCUUCCUGUUUUACCCUUCUUUCUCUUUCUUCUUCUUCUAAUUAUUUUAAUUUUUUAUGAUUUUUUUUAAUAUUAUAGUAUUAUUAUAUCUGGUUAUUGUUGGUGCGUUUCUUGCUUUCUCUUUCUCUGUGUGUGGGAGGGAGAGGAGGAGACAGUCACAGAGAGAGAGAGAGAGAGAGAGAGAGGGGGAGGGUCCAAAACGCCACGAAUUUUUAUGGGUGCUUCGAUCUAUGCCAUCUUCAGUCGCAAAGAUAAUAUUAUCUCCUAGAAGCAAGCCCAUUUCAUUGGGAUUGCUUGUGUUGAAGGAAUUUAGAUUUUAGCACGUUGCCUUGGGCUUAAAAAGUUGGUUCCUUGAGGUGGAAUUUCAUGGGUUGAACUCAAAGAAUAAUGGGUAGCUUGAGUGAAGAAGAAUAUCGGUUUUUUGAUGCACACGAGGAGACUGCAUCAAUUUCUGAUGGAAAGUCCGAUAUUAUUGAGACAUUUGAUUCCCAUUCUAGUGCUGAUAAUUCAAUUCCAAAUAGUCCUCAUUAUGAAGUAUGGAUGAGGAGCCCCAUAAGUGUUGAGGAGAGGCGGAGUAAGUUCUUCAGUUGGAUGGGGGUGGGAUUAGAUCAAUGUUCAAAUGAGAGUUCGGUUACAGUGCAUAAUAUGGAAGGGGAGAUUGAUAGAAUCAGAGAGAUCAGUGGGGCUGUGUUGAGAAAAUCAGUUUUUGAAGAUGAGUUUUGUUCAACUCGGUCUACAAUGUCAUGUUGGUCUAAUGAUAACUCCAAUUUGCUAGAGGAGUUGGGUUCAAAGGUGGAUUUCAUAUGUAGGGAGGGGACUUCUGGUGGGGGAAUGGUGUGCAACGAUGAAGUGAGCUUGGAACACUCUGUAACAGCUGAGGAAUCUGGGAACACUUCUGGAUCAUCUGCCUCUUUCAAACAACUUGUACAGCAGGAAAUUGAGGAACCAAGUACUUUUAUGGGUACCCCAAAAAGUGUGAAGAAGCGUUGGUUGAGUAGACUGCGUUCCAUAGCAUGUGUUGUGGAUAAGCAACGAGCAGCUGAAAAAUUGAGGCAUGAUGGCGAUGACUCGCUGCUAGAAUACAGGGUACAGAGAGUUAAGGUUCGCCAACAUGGGAAGCGGACAAAGGAACUUUCAGCUCUUUAUAAGGGGCAAGAUAUCCAGGCCCAUGAGGGUUCAAUUCGGACAAUGAAAUUUAGUCUUGAUGGGCGAUACCUUGCAAGUGCUGGAGAAGACAGAAUUGUGAGAGUGUGGCAAGUCCUGGAAGAUGAGAGAUCAAAUGAACUUGACAUCCCAGAAAUAGAUCCAUCCUGCAUAUAUUUCACCGUCAAUCAACUGUCGGAGUUGAAGCCCCUCUUUACUGAUAAAGAGAAAACAGCUAAAGUGAGGAACCUGAGGAAAACAUCAGAUUCUGCUUGUGUCAUUUUCCCUCCAAAAAUUUUCCGGAUACUGGAGAAACCGUUGCAUGAAUUCCAUGGACACAGCAGAGAGAUCUUGGAUCUCUCCUGGUCAAAGGAUCAUCAUUUGCUGUCAGCUUCGGAGGAUAAGUCAGUUCGUCUAUGGCAAGUAGGAAAUGACCAUUGCCUUCGAGUCUUUUCACAUAAUAAUUAUGUAACCUGCGUUCAGUUUAACCCUGUGGACGAUAAUUAUUUCAUGAGUGGCUCCAUAGAUGGAAAAGUUCGCAUUUGGGCAAUUCCCAGUUGCCAAGUUGUUGAUUGGACUGAUAUAAAAGAAAUGGUUACUGCAGUGUGUUAUCAUCCAAAUGGACAGGGAGGGAUUGUAGGCUCCAUGGGAGGCAAUUGUCGCUUUUAUGAUAUGUCAGACAGUCACUUGGAACUGGAUGCUCGGAUAUGUUUGCACAAUAAAAAGAAGUCACCUUGCAAAAGGAUAACUGGCUUCCAGUUCUUCCCACGAGACUCAACCAAAGUAAUGGUGACCUGUGCUGAUUCACAAGUUAGAAUUCUUCAAGGUCUUAAUGUGAUUGGCAAAUACACAGGUCUAAAAGAUGCAGCAAGCCAGAUAUCUGCAUGUUUUACUUCAGAUGGAAAGCAUAUUAUCUCAGCUUGUGAGGAUUCCAAUAUAUAUGUGUGGAAUUGCGUUGAUCAGAAAGAACAUAGUCCUGUGCAAGCAAAAAAGAUAAGGUCUUGUGAGCGUUUCUCUACAAAUGCAUCUGUUGCAAUACCUUGGUGUGGCUUUCAAAAUGGGAACUCAGAAAAUGGAGGAGGAUUUUAUGUCUCAAAUGAUGAUUCACUAGAAGCUAUGCCAUUUUCUUCACCGGCUGGUUUUUCUUUGGGUCAAGAAUAUUUCUUAGAACCCUUUCCCAAGGGUUCUGCAACUUGGCCAGAGGAAACGCUGCCUUCGUCAAGCCCGUUGUCCACAUCAUCAGCAAUGCACAAAUCCCAGUACAAGUUUUUGAAAGCUUCAUGUCAGAGUACAGCCACUUCUCAUGCAUGGGGCCUAGUCAUUGUGACUGCAGGAUGGGAUGGACGAAUUAGAUCAUUCCACAAUUAUGGGUUACCGGUAAAUGUCUGAGAUUUUAGUGGGUUGACAGUGCUUCAGAGAAUCAGAAAUAGUCCCUUUGGUUGGGAUCUAUAGUGCCCCUUCCAUGGGUAUGCUGCAAAUCAGGUGUUGCAUGGUCUAGCAAGUAGUGUUGAGACAUGGCAGCAUGAACAGUAGCAGCAAGUCCAGAUUUGAGUGAUUUGUGCAGUAUUUCAGUGUAGGUGGAUUUUGAGAGUAUGGCCUGGGCCCUUCUUAGAUAUCAGGGGUAUAUGGGAAUGGAAGUUUACAAUGACAAGUGGCAGCAGUUCUGUGGUUGCCACGUUAUCCAGCUUGGGAUGACCAAGUGGCUGAGGUUAGCUUAUCUGGAUACCCAGUUUAAUCUUACAAUUUGUUCAUUUGUUACUUUUAAAAAUUUUGUUUGCCAGUCCAGAAAAAGAAUUGCAAGUUGUGUUAGGAGAGAUCAAUUAGAGAUAUUACCUCUUUAUAAUGGAGGCGAUCAUGGGACCAUUGUCAAAUUUCUUUUGCUUGCUAAAAUGGGAGGACAGAAUCCAGAGCAAGUGGUUUGAGUUAAUUUGGGGAAAAAAUGGUGGGGAACUUUGCCGUUAUAACACGUUGGCUGAUCUCAAUGAUUGAAUUGUUUGCCGGCCAUUUUAGACCUCAUGGUAGGGUCAUAUUCAAACACUGUUCCUCUGAAUUGCUUGUUUAGUUAACCUAUUACUCAAACAUCUGCAAGCCAUCCCCAUUUUUGUUUGGUGAACACAUGUCCAUUGUAAAGCUUGUGGCUUUUGCUCAUGGAUGCUGGCUGGCAGUUAACUAACCAUCGGUUAUCAUCUGAGAGUGCUGAUAACUUCCUUUUUGUCUUGCUAACAGAAUUUUAUACAUGUACUCUUUAAAAUUUAUUCUAACAUCACCUGGAUUAGUUUUGAGUGGCUAGGCUUUUAUCUUUCAUUUUGUUUUUGGCCUUUGGAAAAUUUUAGAGGAAAAUUCCUUCUGGGUCUAGCAUACACCAAUUGUAGUUAUGUAAAUAAGACUUUUCAGGGGUUAUUUUUCCCUGUAUACUCUUCUGGCAAUGGCUUGGAAAAUACCAAAGAUAAUUGAUAAGCAUUUGUGCA